AUGUUGCGAUUUAGAAGUAACGUCGUUCCUAAGGAACCUGUCAAGGAGAGCAACAGAGUUUUUGUGGAUAACCUCCACUAUUAUACUGGUGAGCAAGAGUUUUAUGAAUUCUUGAAGGACUACGGCGCUAAAUCUGUUUUUAUUCCUUACGAAAUGAAUUGGAGUUUUAGAAACGAAUAUCCAAGAUCCCUCGGGUUUGCAGUAGCAGAAUGUGAGGAUGUUGAGGUUGCAAGGGCGUUGAUUGCCACUUUGCAAGAUUUUCAGUACAAAGGCCGCUCCCUCAAAUUGGCGUGGCACGUCCCCUUUGUGCCCAAGGGUAAGUGGGCCACACCAAAGGACAAAAAGCAGAUCGGUGCCCCAGUGGAACCUGUUCUCGAAGUAAGUCAAAGUCCCGUCAACGACAAUUCCAUUAGUACCACUCUGAGUGGUGCAGAUGUCGCUGAUGGAUCUAAUGAGGGGAAUAAACGGAAAAAUAAGCCAAAGAAGAACGAGAAGUCCAGGAGGGGGCGGUACUAUAUUAGGAGAAACAAGUUGGCAGAUGACACUCUGUACGCCCAUAUUCUUCCAGAGGGGACGGAGGAUCCAAAUCUGAGAGAAUUUUUUAAAGGAUUCGGUCCCACUGAAAUUUGGGUGUUCCAAAGGUACGAAAAGAGACAUUGCUUGCCGUACCCAAAGGGUCCGUUCAUAUCCGCGUUGGUUACUUUACCAGAUUACAAGGGUAAACUGGACGAGGCAAUUGAACAGCUAAGAGAAAAAGAACUAUUUGGGGAGAAAGUUGUCUUCAAGCCAGCCACCAUAUCAAAACUCGAGGAAGUGAAAAGGAUUGCCAAAAAGGAGGCAUUGGAAAAGGAAGGGCGCCGUUUACUUGCACAGUGUCAGGCCGAAGAAGAAGUAGCUCAAGUGACAGAUGUCGCAGUAAGCGGGGAAAUGCCUGAAACUGGCGCGGAUUUAGUUGAGCCAGUUCGAAAUGGGGGGACAGACCACUCUGUUCAAGAAGUGGGGACACAACAAGCUAAUGAGGGAAUGCCUACUCAAACGGUGAAACCCAUAGAAGAGACAAUGAAGGCUGAAGUGGCUAAUUCCCCAAUCCAGGUUGCCGGUACGACUAGACCGGAUAGGGCCUUCCACCAGGAUAUACAGCGACCUGAUUAUUGA